UGGCGGCGACAGCCAAUGGGAAUCGAGAGCGGGAGGAGCCAACGGCCGUUGCACACCUACAUUACUUUUGGUCAAGCACUCAGCGGGAGCAUCACAGGCGCUUCGAGUGAGUCGCUUUUCUCUCCGUCUCAACAAAUCUGCACAGAAAUAAGAUCCAGCAUGUCAGACAGAAAGGCAGUGAUCAAGAAUGCGGACAUGUCUGAGGAGAUGCAGCAGGACGCUGUGGAGUGCGCAACACAGGCGCUCGAGAAGUACAACAUUGAGAAGGACAUUGCCGCCUACAUCAAGAAGGAGUUCGACAAAAAGUACAACCCCACCUGGCAUUGCAUCGUGGGGAGGAACUUUGGAAGCUACGUGACUCACGAGACCAAACAUUUCAUUUACUUCUACCUGGGUCAGGUGGCCAUCCUGCUCUUCAAAUCAGGCUGAGCGACGGCACCCAUUCAUUUCAACAGACCAUUACGAACUGACUGUACUGACGAGGCGAACCAUUCCUGCACUGGGACCUGCCUUCCUUCUCUCGGCUGCUUCUCCUUUCGUUCUGAUUAUUGUUUAGAAAAAGCCAGUGUGAGAGGGAAAUGCCAUAAAGAAACAAUUGUAUUUAUUUUUGUUUUCUAUACACGGUUUGAGCGGUUUUUUUAAUUAAAGCAAAAUGGUUUGGCUGUU